CGGAGACGCACAGACUGGAGUACAGCGCCCCGGGUUUUCCCAUCCUCUUGCUCUGCUUCGGCUUCCUCUCCAUCAUGGAUUCUCCGCGGACUCGUGCCCUGCUCUCCGCCGGAUAAACCUGGGACUUACGCUCGUACCAUGGGAAUAUACUGUCGGUGCGCUCGGCCCCGUGGAUCUGUACAGCCUUGAUGGAAACCAUGUCACCGCAGCAGGGGGCACUGGGACAGAACAGGUCCGACUCCCUGACGGGAGAGAGCAAGGCGCUCGCCGACAGCAAAAAGAAGAUGAAGACCUUGGCCCAAAGACGACAGUCAGCUCCCUCCCUGGUCAUCAGCAAGGCGCUUACCAGAUCGAGAAGCACGUCCAGGGAAAGCUGCCUGACGCCAAUCAGCCCAGAGUCCUGUCCCCUUGUCCAGGCCUUCCUGGCUGAGUGUCCAGGCCGCCUAUUCUUGGGUCACGCCCAAACGCAGCUAAAGACAGGCCUUCAGACGCAGGAGAGACACCUCUUCCUCUUCGCGGACACACUGCUCGUCGCCAAGGCCAAGUCUCCCAGUCAUUUCAAAGUGAAGGCUCAAGUCCGAACGUGUGAGAUGUGGACAGCGAACUGCAUGGAGGAGGUGUGCGAAGGAAGCACCAACCCAGAGAGGAGCUUCGUCAUGGGAUGGCCUACCUGCAACUGUGUGGCCACCUUCAGCUCUGAAGAGCACAAGGACAAAUGGCUGGCUCUCAUCAAGAGUCGGAUAAUUGAGGGAAAAGAGAAGGAUGACCCAAAGACCAUUCCACUCAAGAUAUUUGCAAAGGAUAUUGGAAAUUGUGCAUAUGCCAAAACCCUUGCGGUCAGCAACGCCGACAGCACCACUGAUGUCAUCCGCAUGGCUCUGCUGCAGUUUGGCAUAUCAGGUUGCGUUAAAGACCACCGAUUGUGGGUGAGCUCCAGUAAGGACGACCCUCCAUACCCUCUCAUUGGCCACGAGUUUCCCUUUAACAUCAAGAUGAGCCACAUUCGGGAUGGCGGGAGCAAUGGUGGAGGACUAGGAGGAGGAGUCGGGAGGGAUCCAACGAGUCCCACAGACUGUCCAGGCGUGCUGCUGCUGGACCAGUGUCUCCCUCCGGACACCCAGUGCCAGUUUAUCCUCAAACCCAGCAAGGUUGCCCCAGCACAGGCUCAAUUCAUAGAGCCCGGUCAGCAGAAAUCGUUUAAGAGAAAGAGGUCUCUGAUCAACUGGCCUUUCUGGAGAGGCUCCAACACACAGCUGGACGGCCUGCCCCUGUCCCCGACCUCGCUCUCUCCCACUCAGGGACGGCUGUUCGGCCGACCCCUGAGCUCCAUCUGCUCUGCAGACCACGGCCUGCCCAAGCCUGUCAUGGACAUGUUGGUGUUCCUGUACCUGGAGGGGCCUUACACCCGGGGCGUCUUCAGGCGGUCAGCUGGGGCCAAAGCCUGCCGGGAGCUUCGAGACAGACUGGACAGUGGGACCGAGGACCCAGAGAUCUCACACCAGUCUGUGUUCAUCAUAGCUGCUGUCCUCAAGGACUUCCUGCGAAAUAUCCCGGGCAGCAUGUUGUGUGUGGAUCUCUACGACCAGUGGAUGGACGUGAUGGAGGGGGAGGCAGGGGAGGAGAGGACUCAAGCUGUGCAGAGGUUGCUCCACCUCCUGCCUGGUGAGAACCUGCUCCUGCUGCGACACGUGAUCGCCAUACUGCACUGUAUCCAAGGCAACGCCCACGACAACCAGAUGAACGCCUUCAACCUGUCUGUCUGCAUCGCUCCCAGCAUGCUUUGGGCCCCGGCGCCGAGCACCCCCGAGAUGGAGGGGGAGGGCACCAAAAAGGUGUGUGAGCUGGUCCGCUUCCUCAUAGAGAACUGCAGCAGCGUCCUGGGAGAAGACGUCACCUCGCUCUUCAGAAGCUUCAGCCAGAAGAGCAGCAGCAGCGACCACGGAUCAGAUGUGUCGUCCUUCCAGAUGAACGACUCGUCCUAUGACAGCCUGGAGAAUGAGCUGAACGACGACCCAGAGUCCCCCUACCAGGAAGAGUUGCCGCUUCGCGACAAGGACAAGCCCGACAGCCUCAGCCGUGACUCCGUCAUCACCCUCAGCGACUGCGACCCUGAUCCCGACCCUGAGACUGACCUCCUACUGCAGCUCCCCCCGCUGGCCAGACCCAGGAGGUUCAGCCCCGCAGUUCGACAGCCUCGCACCCGCCAGGCCAACGGCCCGUCGCAGGGUCCCCGGAGGCUGAGGAGGAGUUCGGAGCCGGCCUUGGCCCUGGCAAGCACCCCGCCCUCGGGCACGGUGACAGUCCACGUUGAUAGCCAUCGCCUGCCGGUAAGGAAGGCGAGUUAUGAUGCUGCCAUGGAAGGGGAAGGGGAGGAGGAUGAGGACGAGGUGUUUCUGGAGCAGGGGCUGAAUGAGCUGCAGCUGAAGGAGGAGAGAGAGGUGGGAGGUGAGAAGGGAGGAGCCAAAGUCCAGAAUGGUGGGUGGAGGAAGGUGAAGCAAACCCCUCCGCCUCCGUUGCGACUGGAUGCCAGCUGUUCCAGUCUGUCGUCACCGGCAACUUCCCCCACGGGCUCCUCCCUCAGCUCUUUGGACUCCGCCUUCUCACAGUAUUCUACUGACUACGCCACCAAUGGGGCGAUUCCAUUGGCUGAGCCUGCUCUUCUCUCCCCUCCCUUUCCUGGACGGCCCCAGCUGUCACCCAGGGGCUCCCCCCCUCAGAGGGAAGCCACCCCUCAUUUUCCACAGCCCGCCCAGCCCCCUCGGACCAGCCAAACCACCUCCCACCCCCACGGCCUCCACCCUAACAUAUGGCUCAGGAGGGACCGCCGCCUGUCACUUAAGCAACCUGAUAAUGGGCACACGGAAGAGGACUCUCCUAUGGUAAACGGGAAAACCCAGCCAACCAGUAAUGGCUACUCUGUCGGUGCCCUGGAGGCCGUGGUAAUGAGUCGAAACUGCAAGUGGAGAUCUGGCAGCCCCCCGUCCUACCAGCAGGCUCUUCUGCAGCUGCAGCGCAGCCGCUCUCCUUUCUACAAGGGGACAGAGAAACCCCUGACAGUAAGAGAGCUGAGGCAGUUCCACGACCAGACGUGCACCUACAGGCCCCCGGUCCCAGCCUCUCCUAGCACCUCCAAACCACCCACAGGAAGUGAGGUCACGCAGAGGCUGGCUGGAAAUGAGUGCGCGCAGCCCCCACAGGGUGUUUUCUAUGGACAGAGCGCCACCACUCUGGUCCUCCAGAGGCAAAAGUCCCACUCUCUCACUCCGGCCAUGGAGGGACACAGAGGGAGAAGGACCCUUCCCCUCCCUCGCCGAGCAUCUGAACCUGCCAAGGUCACCGGGAACUCUAACCCCUCCACCAGCCUCACCCUGAACAGACCUCAUAUUUCUAAGGGUCAGACCCAGGAUGGCGGCCUCAGGGUGUCAGACGUGGAGCCCAACCACGCCCAACCGCGCUUCUGCCUGUCUCCCUCCGCCACCCGGGCUGUAAGGGACUAUUUUUCCUCGCAGGAUCAGGAGGACGCAGAUGCCUGUCAGGAAGUGGCGAUAGCUAUCGUGCAGGGGAAGAGGGAGUGGCAGAGCAGACGGUGCAGCGACCCACGAGUGGACGACUUCGAACAGCUUUUUUUUGCAGAAGAGUCAUAUGUGUAAAUAAGGACAUUGUACAGGCAAACUGUGUAUGAGAGACUGAUUUUUACCUGAUGUGUUCACCUGUAUAUAAUUGUUGUCAUUAUUGAUGUGAUUCUUUCCUCCACAUACACCUUUUUCCUUCUGGCAGCAGUAGUUAGCCCAAUACAAAAAGGUGUUGCAGUUUACUGUCAUGGUACAUCCAAGGUUUAAAAUUGUAGAAGGUACAGAUGCACUUCCGGCUUCAGCGGAUCUCCUCCUUGUGGGCACAGUCCGCACAUUGUGACAGACAUCUGGCACACAGUACGUGUGAAAGUUUGAAGCUGCUGGUUAUAAUCCGUAAUAGAUUCCAAAAGAAGUUCAAAGGCGCUUUCAAGUAUCUGACAGUGACGUUGCUUUGUAGCAUUGCUGCAGGGAUCCUCAAAAAGAGUAUUUAUUGAGCAGCGCUGCCUGAUUCAGUGAAUUCGUUACAAAGAAAAUAGUUUAAUUGUACAUCUGGAUCCCUGAACAAUCAUCAAAGCUGCUGUCAAAAUUUGUCAGCGUCAUAGGCCUUGUGAAAAAUAUUUUUUUUCCCUGGAAGUGUGUCCUCGUUCUGCCCUCUGAAUGUGACGUUCUUAUUUCAGCACAUGAAGAAAAGAUGAAGGAGGAGGAGAUCUUCAGAAAAAUGAAAAAGAACGGACAAGGAAGUUUUAUUUCAUUCUUGGAAAGAUUGUUGAUAAAUGUUGAAAAAGUUUUUUGUUUUUUUUGACUUUUUUAGAAGCCCGCUAGAGAAAGUUUAUAAUGACUGGUAAGAAAUCAAGGCCAUGACACAUUUUUGAAGUCGGUUUUUAACUUUAAAAAAAUUAAAACAUUUUUAUAGCUCAACUAAAUUUGUAUUAAAAUUCAGAAAAUAUUGUACAUCGGCAUACUUAUGGACAAUGCAAAAAGAAGCACACCAAGGACACAGCCAGGGGUAACGGAUGUUUAUGGGCUACAAAAGUCGGCACAACUGUUUGUUAAUGCUGCUCUCUGCUCUGGUGAAGAUGACUGCAAUGGCUACGGACAUGCUUUCUGCUCUAUCCACAACACCUGUGAUGUUUGCUGCAGUGCCAGAGGGGGGGGGACAGAUGCCCCCCACUGUACAUACUUGUACCUUAAGAAAACAAUGCAUCCUACCCUGUUUUGUUGGCAGUUGUACCUUUCAUGACCGAUUGCAUCUGUUCAGUAAACUGCUACUCUCCAGCGAAGUGUUUAAACCUCUGAAUCAGUGAAUCAAUAGGAUUGGUAUUUAUUCAUAUGAGCCGAGUUUCCAGACACACGGCACAUAGCGUUGUCCUCUGUAGCUCUGGUUUAUAUCUCUGUGACCUGGGAGGGAGGGGAGGAG